GGUACCUGUUGAGGAUCCUGGUGACGAUGAGCUUGACCCAGGGUGCGAAGGGGCUCAGGCAGACCGUCUGUCCGUGCUUCGUCGUAGCUCUGCGGGACGAGGGAGGGGUGAGGCCGGUGCAGGGCCCGCGGCGGGCAGGGGUAAAGCCGGCGACACUUACAUGACUUCGGGCACUGCGCAGUGCGGCCCCUCGGCGACGAACUCCACGCGGGCCAGUCGCCGCAGCGGGAUCACCUCGGACACGGUCCGCACGCAGCGGCAGCGCAACUCCCCGGCCAGCGGCGAACCUGGGAGGCGGGAGGCGCCGCCUGAGCCUCGGUUCCGGGGCCUCCCCGCAGCCCCCCCUGCUCUCGGCCCUUGGGAUACCCCCGCCCUGAUCCCCCGCGGACGGCUGGGUGGCCCCGGCUCGGCGUCCGCAGCCGCUUACCCCGGCAGAGAGCGGCGGCCAGGAGGAGGAGGACGAGGCAGAGACGUGUGUUCAUGGCUAGUGCUGACGGCUGAGUGAGACAGUGUCUACUCUGAACCUUACCUGAGGCAACUUGACUGACUUGAGCAGGCGAAACACAGAACUUACAGUUUCAUCUCUUCUGAAUAAAUGAAGAAAGUGACUAUGAAAGCACAGCAUCUACCACCUCUUUCCAUCAAUGAGGAGAAGUCCAUAACAAGAGAGCAGCUCAGUUCUCUUCUGAAGACUUACAACUCUUACUAUUCUGAUCAAGAAAAUCUGCAGCUGUCAUAUAAUCAGCAAGAAGGAAGCAAACCAUUUAUUGAAGGAAUCUUGUUGAUAUUUUGGGGAGUCCGACAUCCUAUCCAAUUAAAAAUUCAGGAUGAGAAGCAGAUAACUUCUUUUGUAACAUUGAAGUCUGCAGAAAGUGUGGGUUUGUUCUCUAGUAAAAGGGGAAUGACUCGCUGGGGAGAAUUUGAUGAUCUGCAUUGUCUUAGCAGGGAGACAUUGACAUCUACUGAAGAAAAGCUGAAUCUUAAGCAAAGUUACCCAUGUUAUGAAAGCUGUACUCUGAAGCCCAAGAGCAAGAAGGAACAUGAUCCAGCUACCCUGCCCAGCACUGUCAGCAAUGCUGCUGCUGUGCACAAGAGGACCAAGUUCCCCAUGAUAGCAAGGACAGAAGUAGAAACUCACAGGUUUUCAAUUAAUGGACAUUUCUACAACCAUGAGACAUCAGUUUUUACUCCAGCUUUUGGAUCAGAAACCAAAAUAAGAAUAAAUAGCCAGAUGAGAACAAGACAAGUAAUAGAACAAUUGCUUCAAAAGUUUAAGAUAGAAAACAGUCCACAUGAAUUUGCACUUUGUAUUAUCCAUGCAUCUGGAGAAAAGAAGCAGCUGAGGAGCAGAGAUGUUCCCAUACUGCACAGACUCUUGCAGGGGCCCUCCCAGAAGAUUGCCAAGUUUUUUCUCAUGGACAGGGAUGUGGAAGAGAUCAGCAGUGACGUUGCUCAGUAUCUUCAAUUUCAUCUUCCCUUUUUGGAAUCAAUUCUGCGCAGAAUAAAUGAAGAAGAACAACAGGAGAUUCAACAAACAAUUGCAAGGUAUCUUAAAGAGAAGAGUAUGAUAUGUCAGCACCUUCAUAGUCGAACUGUUCAAAAAACAGAGACCAUAGUUUGAUGCAAAAGGUUUAUUGCGAAUACUCCAUGCAUCGCUUCUGCCAAAGGACAGUAACCGUGUUUACUUCCAUGUGUUGUGACUGAAGAUUACUUAAAGCACAAAGGUGUUCAAAGUGCUGAAGCUUCUCUUAUUAUGCAACUGAAACUGAACUCAUGCUGCCUCAGCUCUGGAACACAAGCUGGGAACCACCUAAGAAGAUUCACUAAAUCCCUCAGAAGGGAAAAAAUCCUGGGAAAAGCACAAGGCUUCGAAACCUACCAUUUUCCAAACCAUUAGCAAAAGUUUAGCAUAUAUGAAAAAUAUUGUGAUAACUCUACUGAAAAGAGUAAUAAACACAUUAAAUUAGCAUAUCUGUUAAGUGGCAAAAGGUAUUUAUUACCUUACAAAAAUAGGCAAGAGAGACCAUGAAGUCCCACUGGCUUCAGAUUGGUAUUAAUAGAUGCUUAACUUGCUUAGGCUUUGAGCUACAGUUUGAAAAACAUAAAUUGAAACCCUCCCACUUUAUAGCUACUUGGCUCUUAAGCAUCUGAGAGAAUUUAUCUCUGAAGUAUCUCUUGAACUGCAAAAUAAGAACUCUGACUAAAUACUGUUUUAUCUGCUCAGUCAGGUCCUGGAAGGCACCUCAGUAUUUGUUGUUGUUACUGAAAAAAAUUAUUCUGUGUUGCUUCCUAUGUUUUAUAUUUGGAGGUGGAAAUGAGAAGUGUUCAGUGAGAGAGGCUGAACAUCACAGCCAUGAUAGGAUCAGGUUGGUGUCCUCCCCACAAGUGAAAUUUUUGGACAGUGCAGUGUACAGGAGCCAGCUAUUGGAUCCUGUCUGAUUGAGUCAUGUUGAAUAGUAAAGCUCAAAUUGUAGAAAUGCAAAUAAAAUCCAGUUUCUGCACAAUUGAUUGUCCUCCUGCAUUAGGUUGUCUCCUUUAUAUGGUAUCUGUGUUUUGCCUCAGCUACCUUUGGCUUAUGCAGAUAAUAAGAAAAAUACUGUGAGAUGAGGAAAUCAGUGUGUAGAAAAUGUUGCCUAGAAAUCCUGUGGAAUAAAUCAAAUGUGGAAAACAUCACAUUGCUUGAGAUGCUGUUACUUGUAUGGUAAUUUAAAAAUGAAAUAUCACUGUGCUAAUUGAAGCUAUCGUGCUCAGGGCCUCAUUUUAAUGUGCAGUCUAUUCUCUUGUCCAGGAAAAUAAUUAAGGGCAAGGGAGCAUAGAGAGGAAAGGUGACAAAAACUCAGCAAUCGAGAUGCAUGGUAUUAGAUAACAUAGAGGUGCAAAUGUAUAAUAACUUCCUUGAAGCAACAACAGUAUGCACACAAGCAUCACUGAAAUUUCCCCAGGAACCACUCAAAUACCUGCUGCAGGAGAUAUAUACUUGCAAGAUAAAGUGAAAUUUCAGUCGUCUUGAAGUAGUUCAUGGUCAAGUGUCGGGGAUUGGCUCAAGGAGCACAGACAUGAGUCCACCAAGCAACUGUACGAGCAGAGCCCAUUUUAGUUGACAUAAGUAGGCCUUAGUUAGCUUGUCUAUUAGGCCGUGGGAAAGGGGGGAACGGAAAAGUACUAACUAAGGCAGGGUCAGGAUAUUUUUGAAGAGAUAAGAGUCAGAAGAAUGUGGGAUGCGCAUAGCUAGCUAAACCCAAGUAGGUGGAGUAAGUAAAUGUGCUUAGCCUAUUAGAUAGAGACAAGUAUGCAUAAUUAUGGUAUUUGGUAUAAAUGCACGCUAUCUCGGGCAAUAAAGUUGAACUAUGCUUUAUCACUCA